GGCCCGGAUCCGGCGCCCCAAGGGAACAACGGGGGGACGUCCCUGAGCGUCAUCUCGGAGGGCGUGGGCGAGCUGGCCCUCAUCGACCCCGAGGUGGCCCAGAAGGCCUGCGAGGAGGUGCUGGAGAAGGUGAAGCUGCUGCACGGGGCCGUCCCCAACGGGGACGCCGGCGAGGGCUGCGAGAUCCGCUGCCUGGACGAGCCCCGGCUCCGCGAGGAGGACGAGGAGGGCGCGGCCAACACGGUGAAGACGGCGCGGCGGCGGCAGAAGAACAACUCGGCCAAGCAGUCGUGGCUCCUGCGGCUCUUCGAGUCGAAGCUCUUCGACAUCUCCAUGGCCAUCUCCUACCUGUACAACUCCAAGGAGCCCGGCGUGCAGGCCUACAUCGGCAACCGGCUCUUCUGCUUCCGCCACGAGGACGUGGACUUCUACCUCCCGCAGCUGCUCAACAUGUACAUCCACAUGGACGAGGACGUGGGCGACGCCAUCAAGCCCUACAUCGUGCACCGCUGCCGCCAGAGCGUCGACUUCUCGCUGCAGUGCGCGCUGCUGCUGGGGGCCCUCUCCUCCGACAUGCACAUCUCCACCCAGCGCCACUCCCGCGGCACCAAGCUGCGCCGCCUCAUCCUCUCCGACGAGCUCAAGCCCAGCUCGGCCCUGGGGCAGCAGCGGCGCCGGGAGCUGCCCCCUUCCUCCUCCUCCUCCUCCUCCUGCUCCUCCUCGGCGGCGGCGGUUGGGGGUGUGCCGGGGCAGGGCCUGGGCCAGGACGGCACGACGGGGCUGUCGCCCUCCAAGAGGACUCACCAGAGGUCCAAGUCGGACGCCACGGCCUCCAUCAGCCUGAGCAGCAACCUGAAACGCACGGCCAGCAACCCCAAGGUGGAGAGCGACGAGGAGGUGAGGGUGCCACAUUCCCAGUCUGUGGUGCUCAACUCCAAGGAUAAGGCUCCCUAUUUAAUCUACGUGGAAGUGCUUGAAUGUGACAAUUUCGACACAGCGAAUGUCCCCGCCCGGAUCCCGGAGAACCGGAUCCGGAGCACGCGCUCGGCCGAGAACCUCCCCGAGGUGGGCAUGGGCCACGAGCAGAGGACGGGCAGCUUCAGCACCGUCCCCAACUACGACAACGACGACGAGGCCUGGUCCGUGGACGACAUCGGGGAGCUCCAGGUGGAGCUUCCAGAGGUUCACACCAACAGCUGUGACAACAUCUCCCAGUUUUCCGUGGACAGCAUCACGAGCCAGGAGAGCCGGGAGCCCGUGUUCAUCGCCGCCGGGGACAUCCGGGAAUGCCGGGUGUCCCAAGGACAGCACGAGCGAUGGAUGAUCCCAAGGGAUGGAUGA